AUGAUUACUGUACUACGUACCAAUUUUAAGCUUCAAGCGGUGAAGAACUGUGAGCGCCCUUAUCGUAGAUACGGCUCGCUCCUGCGGACUGUCCCGCAAGUCCCACUUGUUGGCCAGGCCACCGGCAACCAACACCAUGCCGUGGAUUGGCCACUUAUCCCGGGUAGCAGUGAGGAGGCAAACCAUCGGCCUCAGCUCCCGAAGAUGCUACUGUCGAAAGUCGCCAUGGAACUUUUCAGUUUGUUGGUUGGACCGAGAGAUAGGCCUAUGAGUACCAUACUGAAUCCGGACACCUCGAUGUCAAAAGGAUUCAUCGAAAGAUGGGAACUGGAUUUCGAUCCACGUUGGGUUGAUGUCAAGAAUCAACCCCCGGAUACUGGUAUCAAAGAUCGAACCAGUUUGGUUCGCCAUCUCACCUGCCCUCUGUCAGACGUUGGUGGCGUGAUUCCAUCAGCAGAUGGAGAUAGUCCCACUCACCCAUCCCUGAUGAAGAAACCUCCAUCAGUCAGCCCACUUGGAGGCAAUCAGCAAAAAGGUUGGGCACAUCCCGACAUCUUGCCAUCAAGUAUUGGUGACCGCAAGGAGGAGUCCUCUCAUGCAAAGAACCCACCAUCGGAUGGGAAUGAAAGUGACCAUCUGGCCUCCUCCUUCCUGAAUACUGGAGAGGAAAUCUCAAGAAGCAGAGAAGGGAUGCGAGGAGGAGGUGAUGAAAAAUCCGAGAAGACCUUAGAGCAACAUCAAUCAACCUCAGAAGGAGAUGUUUCUGAGAGCCCAGAAUCACCUUCGCAUCAUCUUGACGAGGUUCACGAGGAAAUCUCAAGAAGCCAAGAAGGGAUGCGAGGAGAAGGUGAUGAAGAGUCUGAGAAGACCAUAGAGCAACAUCAAUCAACCUCAGAAGGGAAUGUUUUUGAGAGUCCAGAAGCACCUUCACACCCUCUGGACGUGGUCCAACUGCAAGUGGUUGGAGUAGAUGUUGGAGAAGACUCACAGGGAGAUAUUGAGGAAGAGAAGAUUUUCUUGAGAGGUGAGAAUGUCCUAGAGUAUCAAGAAGAGAUGAAGGCAGCAAAUAACCAGCAAGACGAAGCCAAGGGAGGAGAAAGUCUCUUUGAAGUAGAGGAAGAGCAACUGGUGAAUUAUCAAGCUCCAACUUUGACCCUCGAUGUCCAAGAUAAUCCUAAUGGCCGUGCUGUUGAGACACCGUUACCCUUGGAGCAGGACCCUCAAGAAUUGGCAGAAGAAGUCGAUAACGGGCAAUCAGCAUCAAAUCAGGGAGCAGAAGAGCAGCUUCUUCUACAGGAGAAUCAGGAAACUUCACAAACGAAAGGUCUCCUUUCUGAAGAAGAAGAUUCUUAUGAAGUUGAAGGUGCCUGUUGCUCGAGUGUGGUCAAGCCAGAUGGGGCUUGGAGGAACGAGCUGGUUGAACCGGUAGAUAAGAAAUGUCCGGAGCUACAAGAACUUCUUCAGAGCUCCACUGAAAAGAAGGAAAAGCCUCAGGAGAAAAAGGCACCGGUACAGCAACUUAGCAUGGACACACCCUCUCCAAUUGCAAGCAACGAUGGAGCUCUGAGUUCGACUGCCGAACUUGAUGGAGCUACUGGACACACGGCAGCCAGUUCUGACCCAUUGGAAGCACAAACAGAAGAGGAAAAAAAUUUGGAAGUAAGUGAAGUAGAGCAAAGCACAUCCCACGUUGCUGGGCAGACGGCAGCCAGUCCUAACCCAAUGGUAGCACAAAAAGAUGAAGAAAAGAGUUUGGAAUUGGGUGAAGAUGAGCAAAACACAUUCCAUGAUGUGAUGGGGAGGGUUCAAGCCAUGAGGGAAACUGACAGUGAAUUGAAUGGUGAUUCUGAGCCACAAUGGAUGCAAGCUAUGGGGUUAGAACAGGUAGCUGCAGCUGGCCAAUCACAAGCUCCUCCGUCCCCUCGUCAACCAAUCAACGGUCCUAAAAGAAAACAGUCACCUCUUUACGACGAGCAGGUCUUUUACAAAAAGUCAAAACGACCACCAUCGGCAUUUCACUUUGCGGGACCGGGGAAGUCUCUUCUCCCGCCACCCAUGCCCGCUGAAUGUGCCUUCAUUCCCGUACUCGCGGAAUCCGACUUGGAGAGAGUGAAAACAUCCCGUGGAAAACCCAUCAUCCUCGGAAGUGGCGCGUACGGUGACGUACACCUCAUGCGGAGAAAAUCAGACGGUCUCCUCGUGGCGCUGAAACGACUGAAGGAUGUCAAGAAUCAGAUGAAAGCUUACAAGGUAAUGCUGUCUGAGAUCCGACCCAUGGUAGCCAUGCAUCACCACGAGCAGUUUCCCAAGUUCAUCGGCAUCGUCGACCAGACUACCUUCGCGACUGAGUUCAUUGGAGAUCCUGUGACCAAGACUUCUAUCAAUCUGGUUGCCGCCGUAAUGGGUCCGUUCAACUUGACUAAGUUAGACUGGACCCGGAUCAGUCUGCAGAUUUCCCAUGGGUUACAAGCGUUACACGCAGCAGGGUGGAUACAUUGCGAUCUACACGGUGGGAACAUCAUGGUUGUACACGACCCAAUCUCCAACAGAUGGUCAGCUAAGAUCAUUGACCUCGGCAGUGCCGUCCGAAUCGACACCCCACCUCCGUUGACAAGCUACAACGACAAGGAGAAAUGGUACUGUCGAACACUCUGUCCUCAGAUCGCACCCGAGAUCAUCGAAGGCUUCCCCAUGUCGAUCGAAACAGACAUCUACAGCAUGGGGGCGCUGUUGGUCAGCUCCAAGGAAGCUGCUCAAAAAGACGAACUCGCUGAAAUCUACGAGAUUGGUGUCAGAUGUGCUGUUGACGAUCCGAACGAUCGACCAUCUCUGCCUGAAAUCAUUAAUGAGCUUGAAGCUUUAUACCAGAAUGUUGUUGAGGGCGAGUCUCCUGAUGAGCAGUCACUGAGUUGUGACUCAAGAAGUCCGGAGCAGGCUUGAUGUAUAAACACUUUCACAAUUCCUUAGGCCCAUUCUGUGAAAGUGAUACGAAUGUUGACGUCACAAAUUCGAAAUAAUUCGGAAGAGUUGACUUGUGGACAACUCAAUCCUGCGAAAUAUUCGCAGCAAAUACGGAGCUGUGACGUUAAAACUCGUAUCGCGUUCGCAAAGGAACUGGGCUUAAAUUUGUAUAAUGUUAUCAAAUUGUUUGUGCUGUGUCACUGAGCUAUACAAGUUUGAUGAUGUUUCUUUCAUUUGAACAACCUCGGUUCAGCCAAACGGUGUUGUUUUGUGGUUCCAGCUGGAUUCGAUUUCACACAAAAAACUAAGAUUCAUGUUAACAUGUGUUGUCAAUGGGGGUUUUCAUUGUGAAAACACACUUUGCUUAGCACUCAACUGAGAUUAACACACAUCUUAAGAUCAAUCUUAGCUCUUUGUGAAAACGGUUACCUGGUGAAUUAUUUUAACAAAAAAGCUUUUGACAAGUUGAUGGUAAAAGUUGCUGAUCAGAAAAAAGCUACAAUCACAGGAUUGCAUUCAUAUUAAUUUGGAUUAUCUGCAAAAUAAUGUUCACUUUAAAUUUAUUUCUAAAAAAGUUUACCCGGUGUUUAAUAAAUCGUUCAAAUUGUCCAUUCAACCUUGGGUCAAAUUUCGUGGUUCUGCAUAACGCGCAAACGGCGCCGUUUUGUUGGCCAGCUGAUGGAGUCGAUUUCGCAAAACACUAAGAUUCAUCUUAACAUGAUUGUGUUGUCAAUGGUGACCUGCAUUGUGAAAACACACUCUGCUCAGCACUUAUAAUUGGUACACAUGUUAAGAUCAAUCUUAGCUGUUUGUAAAAUCGGCCCCAUAAGCAAAAUUUUAAGAAAGGAAAACAAAUAUUACACACGUCUAUUGACGAAAAAGUUUGAAGAAUAUUUGAAAAAGCUAUAAUUACAUGAUAGAGUAUAACGUUUGGAUUGUCUGCAAAAUAAUGUUCACUCUCAAUUUUACUUUUAAAAGUUUUACUUGGGUUUUAACUGUCACAACCUGGUUAAGCUUUGACAAAUUUCGCCAUGGAUCGAUUGUUACCAAUAAAUUAAUAGAAAAUCAUUAAUUUUAAUUAUUAAAACCAAAAACCAAAAAGUAACGUUUAGAUUAUCUGCAAAAUAAUGUUCACUAUCAAUAAAAAAUUGUUUCCAAAAGGGUUACCCGGGUUUAGAGUCUCACAACUUGGUUUAGAUUCCCAAAUUUUUGCUAUGGAUCGGGGUUUUUUACAAGAAAAAAAAAAUACAAGAAAAUAAUAA